GAAGGUCCUCAAGGUCGGCUCCUUUGUAGGCCCUGCCCAACCUGGAAUAUGCCCAGGCUCCUCUGAGAAAACUCAUGGCGGGAGGAAGUACUUUAGACCUAUCUGGAAGACUGUUCACUUCCCAAAGCCAUUCAUACUAUGUUUAAGGAUACCUCGGAUGGGUCACACCCCUGGCAGAGACUCAUAAGGAAGCACAUCCCUGGGGUCUUAGUGGAGCUGAACCGCAGGCUCAGCUCCUGACCAGAGGCUCACUGAGGGGAUGACCCCUCCUCGUUGGAAUGUGAUAGCAGUCGGGACACCCCACAGGUAGACACAUAUGGGGUCCUACAAGAAGCCAUACUGGGAUGUUCCUGGGUUGGCUCCUGGGGUUUGCUACCCAGGAGCCUGUAUGGAGACCACAUUGGGAGGGAGAGCCAGCAGCUGAUGCCCAAGAGCAGGAAGCCCCGGGACUUGGCCCUGGCCCCUGCUAGUGGAGCAGAAGAGAUUGGAUUGGAAAGGAUUGAGCUGGGCUGGGCUGGCAGCCUACAGUGUCGUCCAUAUGGCACAUGUCCCCCCUACUAGAUCUGUAGCUAUUCUAGAACAUCCCCAUGUCAUGUCUUCUGCUCUCUACUUCUCCCGAUGGUUAGUGCUAAUGGUUUCUCGGGGAUGUUGGGCCCUUGCCUAAGGUUUACCAGUGGAAGGAUCUCCCAGCACUAGCCCUUGCUUGUCGGCUAGGCAAGACUACGCGCAUACCUCACUGUCACAGAGGACUGUCACCCUGCAAUCAGACACUCCUUACAUCUCCUCCUAUCCCUCUUGUUGUUUCCCGUGCCCAGCCUUGCUCUUGAUGUUCAGGGAGUAAGUUUUUGUCCCUAUCGAGGGCCUCUUGUUAAAGCAUUGGCUUGGUGAGGAUGAAGAGGUAAGUUGAUUAGAACGCCAACCAAGGCUUGGUAGUAGUAGUCCAGGCUCUGGCUAGCUUGUGGGUAGGACUGAGGCUGCCCCCUACUAGCCUCACCACCCUUCGGAGCCAAGCCGUUGGGUGAUUAGAUAGGGGGUAGGAGUUGGGUAACCCCCCCCCCCACUAAUGGCUAUUUGUGUUUAGGGUGGGGUUGUGGGUGGGUCGGGGCUGGGUUCUGACUAAUUAUAGACUGGGAAGGGCUGAAGUGUGUGUGUGUGUGUUGGGGAGGUCGGAAUAGGGUGGUAGGAGUUACUGCCCUAGCUCUCCCUUUCCAGACCUCAUGUGACUCCUCUUUCUUCCUCUCCAUGGUUUCACAUCCCCUAACGCAAGCUUCUACUCCCUACCCCCAGCCGAGUGAGGGUAGUGCUCUCCUCUGUUGACAUAGCAAGGACUCUGCCCUCUUCUGAGCUCUCUAACUACAGAUGGGGAAAUGAGGCACAGAGACGUUAACUUGCUCAAGGUCACCCAGCUAAGAGUCCUGAUGCCAGCCUAAAACAGAAACGGAGACUACUGGUGUGUGGGCCUGGAGUUCAAGUUACUGGUGACCAGAUGUCUGGAAAGUUUUCCUCCUAGAAUCCUACACCCCUGUGUGUGGACUUCCCAGGGUUUCAGCUGUGCAGAGACUGUGGCUCCGCCCACGCCUACGCCUCACCCCCUUCCACCCCCUCCUGGCUGGGAACAUUCCAUUCAUUCUCUGCUCCUGGGAGCUGACAAGCUGCAGUGAUUUGAGUUCUGGGGGCAAUGGCCCAACCACUCUGGGCCCUGACCUUACUAGGUCUCAUGGGCCUAGGGUUGAGCCUACGGUCCCGAAAGCCGGAGAGUUUCCGCAGUGAGACAGAGCUGAACCACCUGGUUGUGGAUGAGGCCUCGGGUGUGGUGUAUGUUGGGGCAGUGAAUGCGCUCUACCAGCUGAGUGCCGACCUGCAAGUCCAGCAGCAUGUGGUCACAGGCCCCUUCCUGGAUAACAAGAAAUGCACGCCACCCAUCGAGCCUAGCCAGUGCCACGAAGCAAUGCUCACUGACAACUUUAACCAGCUGCUGCUGCUCGACCCACCUGGGAAACGCCUGGUGGAGUGCGGCAGUCUUUUCAAGGGCAUUUGCGCCCUGCGCGCCAUGAGCAACAUCUCUGUGCGCCUCUUCUAUGAGGAUGGCAGCGGUGAGAAGUCCUUUGUGGCCAGCAAUGACGAGAGAGUGGCCACAGUAGGGCUGGUGAGCUCCACGCGCCCUGACGGUGAGCGAGUGCUGUUUGUGGGCAAAGGCAAUGGGCCACACGACAAUGGCAUCAUCGUGAGCACCCGCCUGCUGGACAGGUCUGAGGGCCGGGAGGCCUUUGAGGCCUACUCAGACCACACCACCUUCAAGGCUGGCUACCUGUCCACUAAUACUCAGCAGUUUGUCGCAGCCUUUGAAGAUGGCCGCUAUGUCUUCUUUAUCUUUAACCAGCAAGACAAGCACCCUGCUAAGAACCGCACCCUGCUGGCACGAAUGUGCAAAGACGACCCCUCCUACUAUUCCUAUGUAGAGAUGGAUCUGCUGUGUAAAGAUCCCACUGAACCACAAAACUCUGUCUUUGGUACCUGCCUAGCUGCUUCUGUAGCCACACCGGGUGCUGGCAGGGCACUCUAUGCUGUGUUCAGCAGAGAUGGCCGGAGCACUGGGGGGCCUGGAGCAGGCCUCUGUAUGUUCCCACUAGAGAAAGUCCAUGAAAUGAUGGAAGCCAACCGUAAUACCUGCUACGCGGGUACCCGAGAGUCAGGCCGCACUAACUUCUACAAACCCUUCCACGGAGACAUCCAGUGUGGUGGCCAUGCUCGAGGUGCCAGCGAGAGCUUCCCGUGUGGCUCGGAGCAUCUGCCCUAUCCACUGGGCAGUCGUGAUGGACUUGAAGCCACAGCCCUGCUGCACCGCGGGGGCCUGAAUCUGACAGCAGUGACAGUAACUGCCGAGAAUGGCCACACCAUUGCCUUCCUGGGUACCUCAGAUGGCCGGAUCCUUAAGGUAUACCUUGCUCCAGACGGCACUUCUUCAGAGUAUGGCUCUAUCCCGGUAGACAUCAAUAAGAAGAUCAAGGGGGACCUGGCACUGUCUGGAAACCUGUCCAAUCUGUAUGCCAUGACCCAGGACAAGGUGUUCCGGCUCCCGGUACAAGAAUGUCUGAGCUAUGCAACCUGUGCUCAGUGUCGUGACUCCCAAGAUCCCUACUGUGGCUGGUGUGUCAUCGAGGGACGAUGCACCAGGAAGUCCGAGUGCUCACGGGCCGAGGAAGCUGGACACUGGCUAUGGAGCCGGGAGAAGUCCUGCGUGACCAUCACUGAUGCUUUUCCACAGAACAUGAGCCGGCGGGCCCAAGGAGAGGUACGACUAUCUGUCAGCCCCCUACCCACUCUGGCUAAGGAGGAUGAGUUGCUUUGCCUCUUCGGUGAAUCGCCACCCCACUCUGCCCGGGUAGAGGAUGAUGCUGUCAUCUGUAACUCACCAAGCAGCAUCCCUAGCACCCCACCAGGCCAAGACCACGUUGAUGUGAGCAUCCAGCUCCUCUUCAAACACGGCAAUGUCUUCCUCACCUCCCACCAGUAUCCCUUCUAUGACUGCCGGGAGGCUAUGAGCCUGGUGGAGAACCUGCCGUGCAUCUCUUGUGCUAGCAACCGCUGGACUUGCCAAUGGGACCUGCAGUACUACGAGUGUCGAGAGGCCUCGCCCAACCCAGAGGAUGGAAUCAUACGUGCCCACAUGGAGGACAACUGCCCCCAGUUCCUGGCCCCUAACCCUCUGGUCAUCCCCAUGAACCAUGAGACAGAAGUGACCUUCCAGGGCAAGAACUUGGAGACUGUGAAGGUUUCUUCCCUGUAUGUGGGCAGUGACCUGUUGAAGUUUGAAGAGACGGUGACAAUGCAUGAGUCAGACACCUUCUCUUUUAGGACCCCAAAGCUAUCCCACGAUGCUAAUGAGACACUGCCUCUUCACCUAUAUGUUAAGUCCUUUGGCAAGAACAUCGACAGCAAGCUACAAGUGACUCUCUACAACUGCUCCUUUGGCCGCAGCGACUGCAGCCUGUGUCUGGCCGCCGAUCCUGCCUACAGGUGUGUGUGGUGCCGUGGGCAGAACAGGUGCGUGUAUGAAGCCCUGUGCAGCAACGUCACUUCCGAAUGUCCCCCACCGGUCAUUACCAGGAUCCAGCCUGAGACCGGCCCGCUGGGUGGAGGCAUUCUCGUCACUAUCCAUGGGUCCAAUUUGGGUGUCAAGGCAGAUGAUGUCAAGAAGAUCACUGUGGCUGGCCAGGACUGUGCUUUUGAACCAAGAGGAUACUCUGUAUCUACCCGGAUUGUGUGUGCAAUUGAGGCCUCGGAGACGCCCUUCACGGGAGGUAUUGAGGUGGAUGUUAAUGGAAAACUUGGCCAUUCACCGCCACAUGUCCAGUUCACAUAUCAACAACCCCAGCCUCUCAGUGUGGAGCCACGACAAGGGCCACAGGCAGGUGGCACCACAUUGACCAUCAAUGGCACUUACCUGGACACAGGCUCCAAGGAGGAUGUGCGGGUGACACUCAAUGACGUCCCUUGUGAAGUGACGAAGUUUGGAGCACAGCUGCAAUGUGUCACCGGUUCCCAGUUGGCUCCAGGCCAGGUGGCACUAGAAAUCUCCUAUGGGGGCUCCCGGGUGCCCAGUCCUGGUAUCUCCUUCACCUACUGUGAGAACCCUGUGUUAAGAGCCUUUGAGCCACUGAGAAGCUUUGUCAGUGGUGGCCGGAGCAUCAACGUUACUGGCCAGGGCUUCAGCCUCAUCCAGAAGUUCGCCAUGAUUGUCAUUGCUGAGCCCUUACGGUCCUGGCGGCGGCGGCGGGAGGCUGGAUCCCUGGAGCCCGUGACGGUCAUGGGCACCGAGUACGUGUUCUACAAUGACACCAAAGUUGUCUUCUUGUCUCCGGCUGUCCCUGAAGAACCUGAGGCUUACAACCUCACUGCGCUGAUACAGAUGGAUGGUCAUCGUGCCCUGCUCAGGACUGAAGCCGGCGCCUUCGAAUACGUGGCAGACCCCACCUUUGAAAACUUCACGGGUGGGGUCAAAAAGCAGGUCAACAAGCUCAUCCAUGCCCGGGGAACCAAUCUGAACAAGGCCAUGACGCUGGAGGAGGCGGAAGCAUUUGUGGGUGCUGAGCGUUGCAUUAUGAAGACGCUGACUGAGACCGACCUGUACUGCGAACCCCCAGAAGUUCAGCCCCCACCCAAGCGGCGGCAGAAGCGAGACACAGCACACAACCUCCCCGAGUUCAUUGUGAAGUUUGGCUCUCGAGAGUGGGUGCUAGGCCGGGUGGAGUACGACACACGUGCGAGCGACGUGCCUCUCAGUCUCAUCCUGCCUUUGGUCAUGGUGCCCAUGGUGUUUAUCAUCGUGGUUUCCAUCUACUGCUACUGGAGGAAGAGCCAGCAGGCAGAGCGGGAGUAUGAGAAGAUUAAAUCCCAGUUGGAGGGCUUGGAGGAGAGCGUGCGUGAUCGAUGCAAGAAGGAAUUCACAGACCUGAUGAUCGAGAUGGAGGACCAGACAAAUGAUGUGCACGAGGCGGGCAUCCCCACGCUGGACUAUAAGACCUACACUGACAGAGUCUUCUUCCUGCCAUCCAAGGAUGGUGACAAGGAUGUCAUGAUCACCGGCAAGCUAGACAUCCCUGAGUCACGGCGGCCCAUUGUGGAGCAAGCCCUCUACCAGUUCUCCAACCUGCUCAACAGCAAGUCCUUCCUUAUCAAUUUCAUCCACACCCUAGAGAAUCAGCGUGAGUUCUCAGCCCGUGCCAAGGUCUACUUUGCAUCACUGCUGACUGUGGCUCUGCACGGGAAGCUGGAAUACUAUACAGACAUCAUGCGCACACUCUUCCUGGAGCUCAUGGAGCAGUAUGUGGUGGCCAAGAACCCCAAGCUAAUGCUGCGCAGGUCUGAGACAGUGGUAGAGAGGAUGCUGUCCAACUGGAUGUCCAUCUGUCUGUACCAGUACCUCAAGGAUAGUGCAGGUGAGCCCCUAUACAAGCUCUUCAAGGCCAUCAAACACCAGGUGGAAAAGGGGCCCGUGGAUGCUGUGCAGAAGAAGGCCAAGUACACCCUCAAUGACACAGGGCUGCUUGGGGAUGAUGUUGAAUAUGCACCUCUGACGGUGAGCGUGAUCGUUCAGGAUGAAGGGAUUGAUGCCAUUCCAGUUAAGGUCCUCAACUGCGACACCAUCUCUCAGGUCAAAGAGAAGAUCAUUGACCAGGUGUACCGUACUCAGCCCUGCUCCUGUUGGCCCAAGCCUGACAGUGUGGUGCUUGAAUGGCGUCCUGGGUCCACGGCCCAGAUUCUGUCUGACUUGGACCUUACCUCCCAGCGGGAAGGCCGGUGGAAACGGAUCAACACCUUGAUGCACUACAAUGUCCGGGAUGGAGCCACCCUUAUCCUGUCUAAGGUGGGAGUCUCCCAGCAGCCAGAAGACAGCCAACAGGACCUGCCUGGGGAACGCCAUGCUCUUCUAGAAGAGGAAAACCGUGUGUGGCACUUGGUGCGGCCAACAGAUGAGGUAGACGAGGGCAAGUCCAAGCGGGGCAGCAUGAAGGAGAAAGAGCGGACCAAGGCCAUCACCGAGAUCUACCUGACGCGGCUACUCUCCGUCAAGGGCACACUGCAGCAGUUUGUGGACAACUUCUUCCAGAGCGUGCUGGCCCCCGGGCACGCGGUACCACCCGCAGUCAAGUACUUCUUUGAUUUCCUAGACGAGCAGGCAGAGAAGCAUGACAUCCGAGAUGAGGAUACCAUCCACAUCUGGAAAACCAACAGUUUACCACUUCGGUUCUGGGUGAACAUCCUGAAGAACCCUCAUUUCAUCUUUGAUGUCCACGUCCAUGAAGUGGUGGAUGCCUCCCUGUCGGUCAUUGCGCAGACCUUCAUGGACGCCUGCACUCGCACAGAGCACAAGCUGAGCCGAGACUCUCCCAGUAACAAGCUGUUGUAUGCUAAAGAGAUCUCUACCUACAAGAAGAUGGUGGAGGACUACUACAAGGGCAUCCGACAGAUGGUGCAGGUCAGCGACCAGGACAUGAAUACACACUUGGCGGAGAUUUCCCGGGCUCACACGGACUCCCUGAACACACUUGUGGCACUACACCAGCUCUACCAAUACACUCAAAAGUACUAUGACGAGAUCAUCAAUGCUUUGGAGGAAGACCCUGCAGCCCAAAAGAUGCAGUUGGCCUUCCGCCUGCAGCAGAUUGCCGCUGCGCUCGAGAAUAAGGUUACAGACCUCUGACCAUCAGUGCUGCCUCAGGAUUCAGAGGAUGCACCCAAGGCUUCUGGAGAGCGUGUGGUGAACCCACCUCUUGUAGACUAUAGCGUCUUUCUCCUGAGCAAUACUGCCCGGGCGCCCGAGUCAGCACCAGCUCCUUUCAAUGGCACCAGCAUCGGGUGUUCUCUGUGUUGUCUCCUGAGCAAUUCGCAAAUGUGCCUUAUAAAGCCACACUGGGCCACUGGGAGCAGUGGAGGCGUGGCCUCCCCUUCCGUGCACCAGCAGCCUACCCUCCUCAGAUACCCCCGGGUUUGGCCUGUAGCUACCACAGCCGGUUCCUGGACUGUACGUGUCUGCCAGACGGAAGGAGAAGAGAAAGUGGUACGAUGCCUUCCUGACCUCACCCGGCCCUCCUCGCGGGACGCAGGCACUCCAGGUGGACUCGAGGGCCAUCGCUGGCUCCACCUCUAAGGUCAAACUGGACGUCAGACGUCGGGGCCUGGGUGCCAGAGGGACCCAGAAAACUGAGGUCCCCGUCUCAGCUGUUAAACAGGCUGUCCUGGAGGCCCUGCCUGGAUCUGGGGGUGCUGGAGCAGCAUUUCCCCCAGGGCCACCCACCCUUUUUUGUAAAUCUUGAUUGUAAAUCCAAUACAGUUGUCUUUUUCACUCUG